AUGAACCACAAACUGUACUGUGACAAUUAUUACACAAGUCUGCCACUGCUUGUAUGGUUACAUAAGCAAGGAAUUUACUCACUUGGGACAGUCAGAAGAAACAGAGUGCCAGACUGCAAGCUCCCUUCAGAAGCUGAGCUGAAGAAAAUGGCACGAGGUGCAUCAGUAGAGCGCGUCGCAACAGUGGUUGGUGUCGACAUAUCAAAUGUAGUGUGGAAAGAUAACAAGAGUGUGAUGUUGCUUUCUACACUUGCUGUACAGCAGCCUAUUCAUGAAGCAGGGAGGUAUGACAAAAAAACAAAGUCAAGAAUAACAAUACCUUGUCCACAAAUAAUUAAGCUCUACAAUAAACAUAUGGGAGGUGUUGACCUUCUUGACAGCAUAAUGGGUCGACAUAAAAUUCUUGUGAAAAGUCGAAAAUGGUAUAUAAGAUUGUUUUACCAUCUCCUGGACAUGGGAGUAGUCAAUUCCUGGCUGUUGUAUAGGAGAGUAGCAGAAACCAAAGGGAUUAGGAGAACUAUGAAACUCUCCGAAUUUCGAAUGGAAAUUGCUCACUGUUUGUGUCGCUCAGGUCAAACUUCAGCAAAACGUGGAAGGCCAAGUAAUGAACUCGAAAACCAAAUACAAGCUAAGAAGACAAAGGGGCCCACAGCACAUGUACCUCCACAAGAUGUAAGGCUGGAUCAAGUAGGUCACCUGCCUUCGUACUUGCAAGACCUACAAUAUCUGCUAGCUGGCAGGAACAUGUCAGACACAGUCACUACCAGUGAUCUUGCAGCAGCUAACAAAGCAGCAGUCAAAACUGCUAAAUACUGGGCUCUCCACCGAAUAUGA